AUGAGCAACAUUCACAGAAGGACAAUCCCCCGUGUGGGGCCUAAAGGCAGUAACAACAUUGACAAUGGUGUUCUUCAGAAAGAACUACUAGAAGAACAGAAACAAGAGAUCUACGAGGCGUUCUCAUUAUUUGACAUGAAUAACGAUGGACAUCUAGACUUCCAUGAAUUUAAGGUCGCUUUACGAGCUCUUGGGUUUGAAAUGGAUAAGAGAGAUAUCUUGGAUAUCAUUGAUAAAUAUGAUACUGAAGGACGCCGGCUAAUUUCUUACGAUGAUUUCUAUCUAGUGGUUGGAGAGAUGAUUUUACAGAGAGAUCCAUUAGAUGAGAUUAAAAGGGCAUUUAGGCUGUUUGAUGACGAUCACACAGGGAAGAUAAGCAUUAAGAACCUAAAACGUGUGGUGAAGGAGUUGGGUGAAAAUCUCACUGAUCAGGAGCUCGCAGCUAUGAUAGACGAAUUUGAUUUGGAUGGAGAUGGAGAAAUAAAUGAAGAAGAAUUCAUUGCGAUCUGCACUGAUAACUGA